AUGACCAAUAUGACUGAAGAGAGAAUCGUUCAUUCGAUUGUUAUACCACUAGGACUCUGGGGUCAUUCACGUCCUCUGCUUCAUACUUGUCUCAACCUAUUGGUAUCACAACCAUCUCUCCAUAUCACUAUUCUAUUAGAACCGACUGCCAGAUUUCAAGUGGGAAACGAACUAGUUUCUCCUGCUCUUCGUCAUCUUCACACUCCCAACAAUAUAUCAACAAUUGAAAAGGAUUUCACCUCGAACACCAACACCAACGGAUUAGGAAAUACCACCAAAAGUCCAAUGGAACGACUACAAUUAAUCGUCGUAGAAUCAUACGCUCACGCAAAGGAGGCUUUCGAUCCCAGUCACUUGGUCACAGAGGCCACGAGUUAUGCUGCCAUGAUACCCACAUUCCUGGAACAUCUAUUAAAGGGGAAUGAAAAGGUGGUCGCUGUUGAUAAUAAGUUUAGAGGGAUAAAAGUCACUUCGGUCAUAUUUGACCUAUUUCAAAGUUUUGUCCCGGAACUCAUGACUGGUCUGUUGAAGACGUUGCACUUAGAUCCUAUCCCUCUAUUGGGUUUCUGUCCUUCCAAUGCCGCUGCGGCUUGGCAUCAUUUCGCAACGGAAGCGUCCGGAGGUUUCAUUGCUAUUACCGAGAGUCAUGUCAAAGUCGAUCUAGCCAAUGGUCGUGAUAUAGACGAGGCGUACGCAGAGCACGGUUUUGCUAGCUAUGGAGUGGUCAAGCAGAUCCCUGGCUUGCCACCAAAGUACGACUACGAAUAUCGCCCUCUUCUCGGGGCGGCUAUAUGUCCCAUAGCAGUCACGCGACAAGUGAGUACGAUGUACACCUCACUUUGGCAUCCCGCAUGUUCCGGGUUGAUCCUUCCUACCAUUCAGGAGUUGGAGGAAGAGUGUCAUAAGGCUCUUGAGGUGGAAUUGGGGAAACCUGUCUAUAUGGUUGGAAUACAAUUUCCUAGACCGAUGUGGCAACACACACGACAGCCGAUCGAGAUGGAGAAACCCGAAGAUUGCCGAGUGAUAGAGUUUCUCGAUGGAAUGGAGAAGAAACACGGUAGGAACAGUGUGGUUUACAUCUCCUUUGGUUCACUAUGGUACCCUUCCUUACGACUUGAACUCAUCGUUUACAUACUCGAUUCUCUCGCCGAAGCGGUAAUUCCAUACGUGUUCGCUUAUGCUACUUGGUUAGUGACGGAGCAACCCAAGGAAAUACAGGAAAAGAUCGCUGCGUAUCCCAAUGGGUGCAUGGUCAAGUUUGCACCUCAGUGGCAAGUUUUGCAACAUCCAGCAGUUGGAUUUGCCGUUACACAUUGCGGGAGCAACUCGACAGCAGAAUGCAUUAUGACCGAAACACCUAUCGUGGCAAUGCCUUUUGCUGCUGAUCAAGGAGAGUUUGCGUCUAUGAUCUGCGACAUCUAUAAAGCCGGUAUCACCUUACGUCAAACAUCCACUUUCAAAGAGAAGAAUGCGAACUUUGACAAGUAUUAUGAUGGUACUCGUAUCAUCGGAACGGAAGCCGCUAUAAAAGACGAGUUGAAACAUGCUUGGACCACACUGAAGGGUCUGGAGGGGGAAGUGAUGCGUAAUAACAUGCGUCAUUUGCGUAGUGUGGCGGAAACGAGUCGGACAGAAGGGAAGGGUAUGUCGACAAUGUCGAGAGUCGGACAAUGUUUAUAG